ACUCUCCGAAACAUCCCCUGGCUAAGGCCAAAAACGACGCACAAUCAAGGCUCUCGAUUCCGUUGUACUACUUUUGAACCAUUUUUACUUGCUCUCUCUCUCCCCUCCUUUCUCGUUCAUUUUCCGUCACCGCUCCGGCGAAAACUCGCCGGGCGUUAAAACUCUUGUCCGGAAAAAAUGAAGGCUUCAACGACCAGUCGUUGUUCGAUUGCGAAAGCCAAAACUUUACGUUCUUGUGUCGUCACGUAUUUCGGUAACUUUAACCUCAUUUGGAAACCCUAAGCAAAAGCGACUUUACUUGGCAGAGUUUCGAAGUUAUUCCACGCUUUGUCCAGCAAAUCAGAGGCAUAUUUUUAUAGAAUAAUCGCAGAUUAAAGGUGCUUAUUUUAGCUUAAGACUCUGGAAUUUUGGGCAAAUACAAGAAACUUUGGGUUUCUGUGUCGAUUCGGUUCGCUGAUCUGGUUAACAGAGAGAGAUAGAUUGUUUCGAUGGAUGUGUAGAGGGUAGAAGCCCAACUUUUUUUUGUCGGUUUACUAAUUUUUUAACUGACCUGUAGUUUUCUUUAAAGCUUUAUAGCCUUUCAUCGUUCUUAUAAUUUGGGAUUAAAGGUGAAGAAUUUAGGAGGAUCAGUGUAGAGGAGUUUGGAGAUAUUGUUUGAUUGUGUAAUGUUGGUUUUAUGAACUAACUAGGAUAUUGUUAACUCAAGAAACAAAAGUAGGUUUUGAGAAAAUGGAGAGAUUUUUAUGAUUUUUUUUUAAGAUCGGUCAUAGUAUUUCUUGAUCGACGGUGAUCAUUCCUUUUCCGAUGAAGAUCCAACCAAUCGAUUCUCACACAGCGGAAGAAUCGGUUCAUUCGGAACCAGUAAAGCCGGUAGUGAAAUCGCGACUAAAGCGGCUGUUUGAGCGACAGUUUUUGAGAAAUUCAGCCGCAGAAAAGGCCGGCGUUGUCGUCAUCGAGGAGCAGCCACUACAUUUCAGCAAGGACAGCAGCUUCAAUGGUGGCGGUCCGGCUGAUUUCGAACCUAGCUCAGUCUGCUUGGCGAAAAUGGUCCAGAACUUCAUCGAGGAGAACAACGAGAAGCAACAAUCCGGUCCAGUCAGGUGUGGCCGCAGCCGUUGCAAUUGCUUCAAUGGCAGCUGUAACGACGGCUCCGAAGACGAAUUGGACUCUUAUUUUGGCGACUCCAACCUCGCUUCCUCCGGCGAAGCGUUUGAAAUUCUCAAGAGCUUGGUGCUUUGUGCGAGCGUUUCGGAAAGGAAUUUACUUGCAGACACGGCAAAGAUUGUAGAGAAGAAUAAAAGGAAAGACGAUAAUUGCAGGAGUAUUGUGACUGAUGGAUUGUUGGCACUCGGAUACGACGCCUCUAUCUGUAAAUCUCAUUGGGAAAAAUCCCCCUCUUGUCCCGCUGGUGCUUAUGAAUACAUAGAUGUGAUAAUUCAAGGUGAAAGAUUGAUUAUCGACAUUGAUUUCAGAUCAGAAUUCGAAAUCGCUAGAUCAACAAAGACUUAUAAAUCAAUUCUCCAAACACUGCCUUGUAUCUUUGUGGGUAAAGCGGAUCGUCUUCAGAAGAUUAUAAGCAUCAUAUCGGAGGCGGCCAAACAGAGCCUUAAGAAGAAAGGAAUGCAUAUUCCUCCAUGGAGAAAAGCCGAUUAUAUCAAAGCCAAGUGGCUGUCUCCUCACCCGCGAUCCCAUGCCAAAAUUGAGACGAAUCAGCCUCUGGGCUUAUCUGAAGGCGAGUUCAAGGUGAGUUGUGGGGAGAACAAUAACAACGACAGUAACUCGGUGGAUGAUGCUGAAUUGGGAGAGUCUAUGUUUGUUUUGUCUGGGAGUUCAGAGGAGGAGAAGAAAGUGGAAGUGAAAGCGGGGGUGAAAGAUUGGAAACCACCUGAAGUUAAGCCCAAUAGUUUGCAGAUUGGAGCUAGAAUUGUGACUGGUUUGGCCUCGGUCAUUGAAGAUCAUCAGCCAUGAAAAUUUUGGUUUUUUUUUCUAAAUAAUCUUCUAGAGAAAAAGCUUAUAUGGGUUUCGUCAUAUACUACCUUAUAAAUCCCCUUCGGGUUUUUAUGUAAGGGUGUUUUACAAAUAUCAUCAAUAAAAUCCUUGUAUGAAUA